AUUGUUGAUUUACUACUACUGGGCUGGCCGCUGCUAAUUCAACCAGUUUCCUUGAUGUAUCAACAGAACCUUUAGACCUGGAGUAGACUUCAUUUCUUACAGAGAUGACAGGUGGUCGGAAGUUAGCACUCUUGUUUACGGCAGCAGCGGUGGUCGUUCUACUUACAAUAAUAAAGAUCAACGGUUCUUCAUCAUCAGCAUGGGACAAAGAAGCACUUGUGGAACUCUUCAAACGCAUGUCAGAUCGGUUAGGUAAUUGGGCGAUUCCGGUCUACGUUGCCAUCCACACUGUCUCACUUGCUCUCUGUCUUCCGUACGCUGUCUUCUUUGAGGCUGGUGCUUCGUUGUUGUUCGGUUUCUUUCCUGCUUUGCUCUGUGUUUUCUCUGCUAAAGUUCUCGGCGCUUCUCUCUCGUUUUGGAUCGGAAGGCUUAUUUUCCGAAGUUCUAGUUCUGCGACACGGUGGGCACACGAAAACAAAUAUUUCCAUGUGCUUUCAAGGGGAGUCGAACGUGACGGUUGGAAAUUUGUUCUUCUGGCCCGUUUCUCUCCCAUACCCUCAUACAUAAUCAAUUAUGCUUUAGCUGCUACGAAUGUCCGUUUUUUUAAGGAUUUUCUGGCUCCAACCGUCCUCGGGUGCUUGCCUAUGAUCUUACAAAACACAUCCAUUGGUAGUCUUGCUGGUGCCGCUGUUGCUACCUCCACUGGGUCCCAGUCAAACAAGUCAAACAUCUGGUCAUAUGUGUUUCCUAUGAUGGGCAUUUCCUCUAGCAUUCUUAUUUCCUUAAGAAUCAAAAAGUAUUCCUCCAGCAUCUCAAUUGAUGAUAAGCCUGUUGAGAAGGCGAGAUGACAUCGUUAACGGAAUUAUGGUACUUGGCUGUUGUUCUUCUAUAAAAACAGUUAAUGUAAUGGUCAGUGUAUUUGUAAUUUCUAUAUAUUAUGAUUGCUGGUUCAGAAAAGUCUACUAAUGUAAGCAGGUCUGUAAACGAACCGAAUGUUUCGUGAACCGUUCGACAGGAGGUUCAUUAAUCUAAUUUACAAAUGGACAUGAACAAGUGUAUUUUUCUUCAUUUAGCUUUACAAAUGAACAUUUUUGCUUCA